AUAGUACACUUCCGGUUUCAAAGCUACACAUUUCUGGUAUAAUCAGCCGUUCGGCGGGUACCUUUUGGCUUCCCGCGGCGGAAUUUUUUUGUAGUCUUUUACUUGGAGUUGUAUCCGUUGUAAAGCGGAGCCAUCCGAAUCGCCGCCAUGACUGUGGGAAAGAGCAGCAAGAUGCUUCAGCACAUUGAUUAUAGGAUGCGCUGCAUCCUACAGGAUGGACGUAUUUUUAUUGGCACUUUUAAGGCCUUCGACAAACACAUGAACCUCAUUCUUUGUGACUGUGAUGAAUUCAGAAAGAUCAGGCCGAAGAAUACAAAGCAACCCGAACGUGAAGAGAAGAGAGUUUUGGGUUUGGUGCUUCUCAGGGGAGAGAAUCUUGUAUCCAUGACUGUUGAAGGCCCUCCACCCAAGGAUACUGGUAUUGCAAGGGUACCACUUGCUGGAGCUUCUGGGGGCCCAGGUAUGGGCAGAGCUGCAGGGAGAGGAGUACCAGCUGGAGCACCGAUGCCACAGGCACCAGCAGGACUAGCUGGUCCUGUCAGAGGAGUGGGUGGACCUUCCCAGCAGGUGAUGACCCCACAGAGUCGUGGCGCAGUAGCUGCUGCAGCAGCAGCUGCAACUUCUAGUAUUGCAGGAGCCCCUACACAGUAUCAGCCAGGUCGAAUGGCUCCUUUGCCUCCAAUGGCCAGAACGACAACUGCCCCUCCACCAGGAAUGAUGGGACCACCUAUUGGAAUGAGGCCACCAAUGGCCCCACCUAUGGGACCACCACCUGGUCGAACAUCAAUGGGAAUGCCUCCCCCAGGAAUGAGACCACCAAUGCCAGGGAUGAGUGCUCUACCUCCAGGCAUGCGUACUCAAAGGCCAUAAAGCUGUUGACUGAACUGAUUCUACUUCCCAUUGGUGCAAAGAUGAGUGGAUGGAAAAUUAUCUGCUGUGAAAAAAAAUGUUCGUGUUUGGAAAAGUCAUUGUUGAAAACGUUCUUUGCAUGUUUUGCUUGGAACUCUUAAAAGGAUGAGAGUUGGACAUUUUAUUUGGCCCAGUUGUGGUGCAUUAAUGUUGCUGCAUUUCUGUAUAAAGGUUUAUUUUUUUUAAUUACUGUAAUAUUGAGACUUUUAAUAAAAGUGGAUACACUUUUCGUCUUUA